AUCUGAUUUAAAAUCGCCCUUAGUCCUCACUUCCCUGUACAUUCCUGUUGACUGAAAAUGUGACAACCACACUCUCUGUCAGUGUAAAAUUAAGAUCUGUCGGUCACGUUUUUUGAAUUCUAACAAAAAAAUUAUUUCUCCUUUUCUCAAAAUCGGACCCAAUGCUGAAGAAUAUACUCCCAAAGAUCUUGAAAAAAUCCGCAAUUUUAUUACAGAAAAUCAGUUCGAAAAAAUUCUCCGAUCCCAUGGACCGUUUUUAUUUCGACCAAUUUUUGAGCGCGACUCCGGGGAAGGAUAAGCAACCUCCGUUGACUUUGACCAUACCCUCAGAGAAUCGCGGCGACAAACAGUUUAAAUUGGUCGAUGGCGAAGAGAAAAGCCAUCUCGAGGUAUGGGCUAAAAAGGGAGACAAGACACCAGGGACCAUUUGCGGUCUAGAUAGAAUAAAUAAUCCUGGAUUGAACAAGAGUCUAGCGUUCACCAUCGAAGAACGUCAGCUAUUGGGCAUCCACGGUCUUUUACCUCCCGUGGUAAAAACUCAAGAACAACAAAUUGAACAUUGUAAAUUACGUUUGGGAAGGCUCAAAGACCCUUUGGAUAAAUACAUUUAUUUAAUGGAUCUGUUGGAUUUCAAUGAAAAAUUGUUGUACGCUGUCGUGAGGAGAAACAUCUCUGAAGUAAUGCCCCUCUUGUAUACUCCUACCGUUGGUACUGCUUGUCUAAAAUGGGGUUUAAUUUACAGGAGACCCAGGGGAAUUUACAUUACAUUUUAUGACAAGGGACAUGUUUAUGAAAUAUUGAAAAAUUUUCCGGAAUCUGACGUGCGAGUGAUUGUCGUCACAGACGGGGAAAGAAUUUUGGGACUAGGCGAUCAAGGUGCCUGUGGAAUGGGAAUACCUAUAGGAAAACUAGCGCUGUAUACUGCUCUAGCUGGCAUUAAACCCAACCAAUGUCUACCAAUAACGAUAGACGUGGGUACCAAUAACGAGGAACAUCUUAAAGAUCCGAUAUACCCAGGUAUAAGAGAAAAAAGGCGUACUGGAAAAAAGUACGAUGAACUAAUCGAUGAAUUUAUGCACGCAGUCGUGCAGAGAUGGGGACAAAAUUGUUUGAUACAAUUUGAAGAUUUUGGCAACAAAAAUGCAUUUAGGCUUUUGGAAAAAUACCGGGACACAUUUUGUACGUUUAACGACGAUAUACAGGGUACUGCUAGUGUAGGAGUAGCCGGAUUACUGGCAGCAUUGAGGAUAACAAAAAAUAAAUUAUCCGAUAAUAUCAUAUUAUUUUAUGGAGCAGGAGAGGCGAAUAUUGGUAUCGCAAAUUUGUGCGUAAUGGCCAUGAUUUCCGAUGGUAAAAUUUCCGAAGACACGGCACGAAAAAAGAUUUGGAUGGUAGAUUCCAAAGGUUUGAUUGUGAAGAGUAGACACGAGCUUGAACCGCAGAAAAAACCUUUCGCCCAAGAACACGAAAAAGAAACAGAUCUGAUACAAAUUGUAAAGGAUCUUAAACCGUCCAUUUUGAUCGGAGCUGCAGCGUGUCCGGGUGUCUUCACUUCGGGCGUAUUAAAGCAAAUGGCUGAUAAUUGCGCAAGACCGAUCGUUUUUGCUUUAAGCAAUCCUACCAGCAAGGCUGAGUGUACUCCAAAGGAGGCGUACGAAGAAACGAAGGGCAGCGUCAUCUACGCCAGCGGCAGCCCUUUUCCUCCCGUCGAGUAUAAUGGCAAAACUUAUGUAACUGGUCAGGGUAAUAAUGCCUAUAUAUUUCCGGCUAUGGGUUUGGCAGCAAUGUGUGCUGGUAUACAGUCCAUAAGCGAAGACUACUUCUUAAUAGCAGCUGAAGCUUUAGCAAGUCAGGUAAAAGAAAGUGAUUUAGCUCAAGGCAGUAUUUAUCCACCAAUUGAUCGCCUUUUGGAAUGUUCCACAAAAAUUGCGAUAAGGUUAGUGGAGUACGCUUACAGAAAAAAGGUAGCUAGUGUGAUGCCGGAGCCUAAUGAUAAAGAAGCCUUUGUAAAAGCGCAAAUGUACGAUACCGAUUACGAACCUGCAAUUCCGAUUUUUUAUCAAAUGCCUCUGGGCGAGACAGACAAAGACAAGAAAAAGAGUAAAUGA